AUCGCUUGUUGACUCUCGCCACGUCCGGACUGACUUUAUAAAGUGUGGUUUGUUUUCUCCGGUGAAGAUGAAGAUGAAGAUGAAGAUGAAGAGACAUUGAACCGUGAAGCACCAACACGUGUUACCGCACUUCCUGUCGUUUUGUAAGCGUGAACAAGCGCCACUGAGAGAGAGAGAGAGAGUUACAUGACAGGCUCCUCCUCCUCCUCCUCAGGCUCCUCCUCCUCAGGUGACAUGUCUCAGGUGCGGCGGGCAGUGGGCGAGGCCUUCUGGGCGAUGUGUGCGGCAGACUCCGCCUCCAUGCCGGUGCACUGGUACUACGACGUGGACGACAUCCGGAGGGACUUCGGCGGCUGGAUCUCCGGCUUCGCGGCGCCCAGAGAGCGCCACCCGUCCAGCAUCCUGAGCCUGUCCAACUCCGCCGGCAGCGGUCGCACCGCGUGGUCGUCGGGGGGGAAGCGGCCGGACGUGGUCGGCAACGUGAUUCUCCACGACAAGCUGAACCUGUGGAGGUCGUCCAGAGGCUCCGUCCACUAUCACCAUGGUCUGCAGGCGGGUGACAACACGCUGAACGCCCUCUGCUCCCUGCGUGUGGCGCGCUCGCUGGUCGCCGGCGGUUUCUCCGACGCCUCUCGGCCGGACGCUCGAGCCGCCGUGCUCUCAGACUACGUUCACUUCCUGACGACGCCCGGCAGCCACAACGACACCUACGCCGAGUCGUCCCACCGCUCGUUCUUCGCCGACUGGCAGGAGAGCAGACCGACUUCACCCCGUGAGGUUCUGAACUUUGCAGAGAAACGCUCGGAGUUGAAGUUGAGUUCCUCGUCCCCGGACGGCCAGCUGGACGCCAUCGGCUGCUUUCCCAUGAGCCUCCCCUUCAUCCUGCUGUCGGCCUCGGCCAAUCAGGAGCAGGCUGUCGCCGCCGCCGUGGAGUUUGUGAAGCUCACCCACCCCCACCCCAAGGUGUCCGAGUACGUGUCCAUCUACAGCCGGGCGCUGCACGCCGUGCUCGGGGGCGCCGGCGUGCGCCAGCAGGCCGAACACGCCCUGAGGAGCCUGAACGUCUGGGACGUCUGUCAGAGCUACAGCCGCAAGGCCGCCAGGUUUCUCGUGGCGUCGGAGGAACGACUGAAGGUGCAUCAGAGCGCCGUCAACUACCUCGGCCUGGCGUGCUACACCAAAGGUGCUCUGUCCAGCAUGUUCUACCUGGCGCACGAGUUCCACGACGACCUCACGGGAGGAAUCCUGACCAACACCAACUGCGGAGGGGAGAACUGUAACCGGGGCGCGGCUCUGGGCGCGCUGCUGGGGGCGGGGGGGGCGUACCGCGGCGCCGGCGUCCCUCAGCAGUGGAAGGACGAACUCAGAGACGCCCAAGACUUCAUCCCUGACAUCCUGAAGAGCGCCCCCUGAAGGAGUGGAGGAGAAUCUGCUUGUCUUCCUGUUCACAUGUUUUAUUAAUGAAUCGUGAUCCAAACUGUAAAAUAUAUUAAAAGUUUCCACUUUGAACAAAA